AUGUGCCGAACCGGACCCGUGAUUGUGGCGUCCCUCCACCGCGGCCUGGUGUGUGAAAAUAAGCUGGAGAGCUGUGGGUUCUGUUACGGCCUGGGAAACAACCUCAGCGUGCACCUCGUCCUGAUGGGGAGUCGCAACAUGUGGCCCGCGUUCUCUUCCCCGGGCAGAACCAUCUGUCCCCAUGUGCAAAAACCCUGCCCCCGCAACACUGGGACUGGACGCAACCCAGCCCGCAACCCAGCCCGCAACCCAGCCCCUAACCCGGUCUCUAACCUGGCCCGCACCCCAGUCCGUCAUCCCAGCCCGCACUGCAGCCCGCACUGCAGCCCGCACUGCAGCCCACACCCCUGCCCGCAACCCGGCCCACACUGUGACAAAUUUCUGUAA